AAAUUUUCAUUCACAUUCGAGCAAGACUGCAUGAAAUCGUAAACUCUCUGAUGUGAGCCACCCCUUCGAUCUGUGGGUUUCAUGGGACCUCCAUGAACUUGGUGUCUAUUGAAAACAACGUGGUCAUUUGACUCGGUACUCGGUGUUCUAAAAUUUUCACGUGUUAUUCUAAAAAAAAUUCUGUGCUGCAAUCCGACAGGACGAACCGGACGAAACCUGAUUCGAUUCUCAUCAUGACCAACAAGUGCCAGGUAAAUCUAUGGACUUCCAGACAGUGACUACUUCGGAAGAUAUCGACAAAGUGGACAUAAAUGAGGCUUUCGAAAGAUUAUUACUAGCAGAAGAAAUCGCGGAAGAAGUUGGUUAUAAUGAGGGUUACGAAGCUGGGACUAAGCAAAUAAUCAAAGGAUAUCAUUUGGGUUAUCACAGGUCAUCUCUUCUUGCUGCUCGUUUGGGAUAUUACUAUGGAAUACUCCAAUAUUGCUUGAAUAACAAUGAACUCAGUCAGAAAGUGAAACGUCAGGCAACAAAUCUGCAGAAAGAUCUUGAAAAUUUUCCCUGUGACAACGAUGAUUCAAUUGAUAUACUGACCAAAGUAGAGGACAUAAAAUUCAAGUACAAACAACUGUGUUCUUUGGCAAAAAUUGAUUCAACUUACCCAGAAGACGAUAAGCUUGACUAUUAA